AUGGCUUCUUCCUUGGAAUCAGAAGCGGCUUUCGUUGACAGGGCUUCCAAGAUAGGCGUGGAAGAGUGGAUCGUGGAUAGGCUCAAAGCAAUGCAACUGGCUACAUUCGGAAAUUUUGCGUUUGCGGUGGCAUAUUCGCCCCAGUCUGCGAAUGACACGAUGUUCAAGGAGUUCGUGGCGGAUUUGCUGCAGGCAGAACCCGACGCCAGCCAGCUUGCAACUUUGAGACGGUUAUUCUUCGAGUGCCAGAGCUCUGGUAGAUGUUCGAAGCCGUGUUGA